AUGCCGAUUACCAGCGAUAUCACCAUCGACGUCUCCAAGUUCCGCCCGGAGAACGUCACGGAGCCAACAAAGAAAGCCGCUGCGCUGCUGGAGAGCAUCACCACCGGCGGACCGCGAUGGUGGGAAGUUGGCAUCGAGAAGUACCGUGGGAUGCGGGAGCUGGGUCAGACGCCGCUGCCUAAGCCCGUCUAUCUCCCGGAGGCUAUUGAUGGCACUGUUCCCUCCCGUGACGCUAACCGGGAGAUCCCCAUCCGCAUCUACAAGCCCGAUAACGGCCAGCCCAGCAAAGGCAUCUUCCUGCACUUUCAUGGGGGCGGUUUCGUGCUGGCAACGCACAAGCACUCCGAUAGCAUGCUCCGUGAAUACGCCAACAAGUGCCAGCUCACAGCCAUCUCAGUCGGCUACCGUCUGGCUCCGGAACAUCCCUACCCGGCCGCCGUGCACGAUGCCAUCGAUGCCACCGAGUUCCUGGCGGACCAUGCGGCGCAGGUGUACGGCGGGCCCCUCCGGUUUCUGGGUGGAGAGUCAGCAGGGGCCUGUCUCGCUAUGCUGUCAGCCCAACAACUGAUGCGGUCGCGGCCCAGUCACACGCUGUCUGGUCUCGUACUUCCAUACGGCUUUUUUGAUCUGGGCCUUGGCCUGCCCACAGUGGCCCACUCCACUAAGCCGCUCAUGAUCAACUUGGCCAUCUUGGAGCGGUUCAACGGCGCUUAUGUGCCGAACAUGAGCGCCGCUGAGCGCAGGAGUCCUCGCGUCUCUCCUCUGUACGAGGAUCUCCAGGCUCUGGUGGCGGGCAUUCCCGCCGGCUCGUUGCCUCCCGCGCUCUUCCUCUGCGGGACGGAGGAUCCGUUGCUGGAUGACACGAUUCUGAUGAGCUCCAAGUGGAGUAUCGCCGGUGGAGAGGCGAUCGUCAAGAUCUACCCCGGCGCCACUCAUGGUUUUACUGCGUUUCCCGGCUUGCCCGUGGCAGAUGAGGCUAAUGCGGUGACUCUGGACUUUAUGCGGGAAAAGCUGGGCGAGUCGGCGUGA